GGUCAAACAAAGAUGGCGUCGGCAGAUCUGAAAUCUGCAAAUUUCUAACAUCGCUGUGAAGGUUUUAGCGUUUUAACCAGUUAAGCAACAUGGGCGUCACCUGUGUGAGCCAGUGGCCGGUGCCUGAUGGGAAGAGUGGACAGCAGGCGGUGGAGAUGUUACAGCGGCGGUUGGAGGGGACCGGAGCCACCAAGGCAGGGUCAUUCUGUGUGGACUGUGAGACCUACAUGUCAGGACAGUCCAUCUCUCCAUCUAAAACUGCCCAUGUGAUGCACAACACGGAACAUCCCCUGACCUGUUUUGCCAUCAUGGACUCAGGCACAUGUCUGGUGGCAGACAGCAACUUUGAUCAGCUCAUGACAAAACUCAAGGGUUUUUACACACCGAGAAAAGGAGCUAAGAUAGAAGUGAAGGGACCAAGAUAUGAGUAUGUAGACUUCAUAGUGAAGAUAGGGACUGUGACGACAGGACCAACAGCAAGUUCCAGAGGAAUACUGGUGGAGGUUGAAUACACACCAUGUGUGGUGCCCAACGACUGCUGGAGUCUCCUAUCAGAGUUCAUGGGAACAUUCAUGGGAGACAACAAGCCAGCUAUCCCACAAGUUCUAGCCAACAAGCAGGAUGGGGUCUACUCCCCAACAGACACCAUCUUACAAUACUUAGAACACUUCAACAACUACAGAAAAAGCACAGGGAACAAAUAGAGAGACAAACUGUGGUGAUAUUUUUAUUUUUCUAUAUUUGUUAAUUUUACUGUCACCAAGGCAAGUAUUGGUAUAGUAUAAGCAACAAAAGAACAAUGUAGUUCCAAACGCUGUCAACCAUAUAAUCAUUUGAAUUCAUGGCAAUGUUCUGGCAAAUCUGCAAAGUAACAUGAUUUGGAUUAAAACCUGAUGGUAAUCGUA